AUGAAGUUUUGGGAAAUCAUAUCUGAGGAGCACGGCAUCAGUACCACUGGUGUCUACGAAGGCACAAGUGAUCUGCAAUUGGAGAGGUUAUCUGUCUACUACAAUGAGGCUACUUGUGCGUCGGCCGCGAAUGGCGGCAAGUACGUCCCACGCGCCGUCCUCCUCGACCUGGAGCCAGGCACCAUGGACGCCGUCCGCUCCAGCGCAUACGGUCAGCUUUUCCGCCCGGACAACUUCGUCUUCGGCCAAUCAGGCGCCGGCAACAAUUGGGCAAAGGGUCACUAUACAGAAGGCGCUGAGCUCGUCGACGCUGUCUUAGACGUCGUCCGCAAAGAGUGCGAAAACUGCGACUGCCUUCAAGGGUUCCAACUCACACACUCCCUCGGUGGUGGUACCGGAUCCGGUAUGGGUACCCUUCUUAUCUCCAAAAUCAGAGAAGAAUACCCCGACAGAAUCAUGAACACAUACUCAGUUGUCCCCUCGCCCAAAGUAUCAGACACAGUAGUAGAACCGUACAACGCAGUCCUUUCCAUCCACCAACUAGUCGAGAACACUGAUGAAACAUAUUGUAUAGACAACGAAGCUCUGUACGAUAUUUGCUACAGAACCCUCAAAGUCCCAAAUCCCUCAUAUGGCGACCUCAACCAUCUCGUGUCGCUCACCAUGUCUGGCGUGACCACCUGCCUGCGGUUCCCAGGUCAGCUGAAUGCGGAUCUCCGCAAGCUGGCCGUGAACAUGGUUCCCUUCCCUCGUCUCCACUUCUUUAUGCCUGGCUUUGCACCACUCACGUCACGCGGCAGCCAGCAAUACAGAGCCCUCACCGUACCCGAGCUGACCCAACAGAUGUUCGAUUCCAAGAAUAUGAUGGCCGCCUGCGACCCACGACAUGGCCGCUACCUCACGGUCGCCGCCAUUUUCCGUGGCCGCAUGUCCAUGAAGGAGGUCGACGAACAAAUGCUGUCAAUACAAAAUAAAAACAGCAGUUUCUUCGUCGAGUGGAUUCCGAACAACGUAAAGACUGCAGUGUGUGAUAUUCCUCCUAAAGGACUGAAAAUGUCGUCAACUUUCAUCGGAAACACGACCGCAAUCCAAGAGCUGUUCAAGAGAAUAUCGGAGCAAUUCACUGCUAUGUUCAGGCGCAAGGCUUUCUUGCAUUGGUACACCGGUGAGGGUAUGGACGAGAUGGAGUUCAGUGAAGCCGAAAGCAACGUCAAUGACCUGGUAUCAGAAUACCAACAGUAUCAGGAAGCCACCGCUGAGGAUGACACAGAAUUCGACCAAGAAGAUCUGGAAGAGUUAGCUCAAGAUGAACACCAUGAUUAA